AUGGCCAGGGAGGAGGACGGGUACAAAGUCCUGGGUGGAAGGGAGGAGCGGCCCUGCAGCCUGGGCUCCUCGCUGGCCCUGGUCCAGCAUCUCAGUCCUCGGAGCGUUGUCGGGGAGAGUUCACAGGCUGAGUUCCAAGCUGUGGAUGUGGAUGGGUUCUUAGCUGCUGCCUCAAUAGUAAAGUCUUUGAACUUGGAGGAUUUAAGAAACAUGAAGGAGAAGAUGCAGGACACAGCGAGAGGUCUCCAGGAUCUGACUGAAGAGGAUCAAGAUGUGCUAAGCUAUCUCACUAAGUGCCCCACCACAGACAAGGAGUUGAAGGAUCUAGAUGAAAAAGUGUCUCAAGUCCUGCCCUCCGGUGAGCUGCAGAUGGAGGGCCCAGCAGGUCCUCUCCUGAGUAGCCUUUUUAAUGCUGCUGGCAUCUUGGUUGAGGCAUGCGUAGAAGCCAUUCUGGAGUUCCUGGAAGCCUUGAAGGAGCUGUCUGAGGAGGAGCAGCUUAUGGCUGAGACCCUGAAGAAGGGGACCCUGCCCCUGUUGAAGGACCAGUUAAGAGAGUCUGGGCUGAGGGCUAGGUCUUAGUAGAAGUGAAUGCCCGUGCUUUUCAAGGGAUCCAGAAGUCCCAGGAUUUUGUCCCUUCUGACUUUGUAGUUCUUUGUCAGCUCAUCUCUAUUAAGCUGGUUUGUGGCAAUUCCCUGGACAUAUAGUUUCCGGGACAAUUAGGAAUGGGCAAGAGAGGGGGGUGUAAAACUAUUAGUCCCAGGAUGCAGUUGGCGCCAUCUUAAGUGCCAACCUGAUUGGUUAGCAGUGCCUGUUACUAUGCCAGGCUCACAGGGAAGAUGUUGUCAACAAAAUUGGAAUCAUCUAAAUAGUCCAGCUGGCAAAUUCUAAAUAUAAAAAUUUUACCCUGU